AGGAAGAAUAGCGGAAGAGGAGAGAGGUUUCGUGACGGCUCCGCAGGCUAACAAGCUAACAAAGAUAACUAUCGGUCUAACCAGCGGUUUAAUCAGGAUUACAGGUUAGAGAGACACCCGGACCGAAGCAUCAGGAUGACAGCCGCACCUUACAACUACUCCUACAUCUUCAAAUACAUCAUCAUCGGUGAUAUGGGAGUAGGGAAGUCUUGUCUGCUGCAUCAGUUCACAGAGAAAAAAUUCAUGGCAGACUGUCCCCACACCAUCGGGGUGGAGUUUGGGACGAGGAUCAUGGAGGUCCACGGUCAGAAGGUGAAGCUGCAGAUCUGGGACACUGCCGGUCAGGAGCGGUUCAGAGCCGUCACCAGGUCCUACUACAGAGGGGCCGCGGGGGCCCUCAUGGUCUACGACAUCACCAGGAGAAGUACUUACAAUCACCUGAGCAGCUGGUUGACAGAUGCCAGGAACCUGACCAACCCAAAUACAGUGAUCAUUCUGAUUGGUAACAAGGCCGAUCUGGAGGCCCAGAGAGACGUGACGUACGAGGAGGCCAAACAGUUUGCUGAAGAGAACGGGUUGCUGUUUCUAGAGGCCAGCGCUAAGACGGGGGAGAAUGUGGAGGAGGCCUUCCUCGAGGCAGCAAAGAGGAUCUACCAGAACAUCCAAGAUGGCAGUCUGGACCUGAACGCCGCCGAGUCUGGAGUCCAGCACAAACCAUCGGCGCCGCAGGGAGGCCGCCUCAACGCCGACAGCCAGCCGGCUAAAGAGGGCUGCAGCUGCUAACCACAGACAGAAACUACAGACCCAUCAAACCGACGGACGGACAGAGACAGAUACGUACACAGAGAUCCCCUCUCCUCCAGGCACUAACUUCCAUCUUCUAUCUGCAUCCAACAGGAUUUAGCUGGAUUACAUUUAACACAGCAGUGGCAGAGUCCAGCCCUCUGUUGUCAAAUCCAGACUGCAGUUCAGUACCCAGUUCACCCGCCCUUCACCCAGUCAGCCAUUUACCAGCUUUGGUUCAAUCAGGACACCCUCAACCAAAGCCACAACUAUCCAGAUUUCAGUGUGCAGCCUCUGGAGCGACAGGUAAAAACUGGACCAACUCACUGCCCAAAUCACAGUUGCACCAAAAUUUUUUGCCUUUAUUCCAAAUCUGUACGUUGCUAUGGAGAAAUCCAGAGCCCAGUCUUAAACUGGACUGCCCAUAGUCCAAAUUGACACUGUUUACAGACCAAAUCCUGACACACUUGGCCCAAACUUUAGCCAAUCUGGAUCUGUCAAGCCCCAGAAUAAAACAGGCCUAAGCCCAUAACCAGACAACGGGCUCAAAGGUUAACCAGCCCACAGCCAAAGUGGACUUUGAGCUGGACCACCUCAGUCCAAAUGACUACCUGAAGGGAGGCCAAGCAAGACAGUUUAAAUCUCAUAAUAGGGCAGCUCGAAGCCCAUCACCCAUAAACCUUUUUCCCAUGAUUAGACCACCCUCCAGGUCCAGUGCAGAGCCCUGUCUACCCGGGUCAGUCAUGGGUAGUCCAGAUAGAUUUAGCUGUCCUUCAGAUUAGAACUACCUUCGUACUGGAUGUGAAACACCCAUAUCAUAGAGGAAAAUAUUCAGUAAUCCCACUGUCCAAAUGGACAUUCCUCUGAACAGAUCCAGAGCAUCGGCUCAAUCCAGAUCGCUCUCAGUUCAAAUCCAGAAACACCUUUGGGCCCAAAUCUUCAAAUCUAGACUUUGAGGUCUCACUUAACUAUAAUCUAAUCUGCUAUAACUCCAGAUUGUCCAAACAAUCCAGUUCUGACAGUGACUCUUUGAUAAAACGUCUGGAUUUAUGUUGGUAUUUGUGUCUUUUGCGUGUGUGACAUCCCAUCAUUUAAUACUGAGUUGGAAAACUGUUUAAAAUUUAUGAUUCAAAACUAUAAAUUCUGGCACAGUGUUGGUCAUCUGGACUCGCCUCUGGGGCUCGUCCUUCACAGAAAACAUGUUCCUCAUCCAUGAGUUUACCAACGACGCUCUCCGAUUGGUGGGUUUAAUUAUUCCAUCAGUUCUGUGUGGGCUUCUGACCCACUGCAUUCACACAGUGAUCAGAAGACGCAUGCUAACGCUAACUGCUGUUGUUAUGGUCAGAUGCGUCUCUGGAGGCGUUCCAGCUGUACACUCACUGUAUGACUACGGUUAAAGGGGUACUCCACUGAUUUUACACGAGGAUUACUCAUCGCACCACUAAGCUCCACUAAAAUCUGUUAAAUAACACUAGAAAUGUACAGAAUUUGGGCUCAAAGAUUAUAAAAGAAUGAAUAACAAAAGUCUGCAUUAUAAACUGGAGUAAGGAAAUUAUGUGUUCAGUCCGGGUGUCUCGCCUCAGGGUUGACCAGUCUUUCUUGUCUCACUCAACUUUCUCGAUGUGCUUUGACGUAAAAAGUCUAAAUCCCUGGAGUUUCCCUUUAACUUUUUCCCAGCCAGAAAAAAGGGGUUGUAGAAAAUAUUGGAAAAUGGUGACAGAAGAGAAGGGAUGUCAGUCCACAUGGGACCACACAGUGACACACAUGUGUUUCUACACAUGGAGCAUUAACACACGUCUGUGGAAACCCUGCCUGAAUCCAGCGUGGGUAAAAAUUAAUUCUCAAAACCAAACAUAAUCCCAAAAGAACCUGAGGACAAUAGGACACUGCCCACAGAAAUUCGACUUCAUGUUAUUUUACGUCUUUACGUCAUUACGCCUCUAUAAUAUAAUACCUUAUACCUAUAUAAUACCUUGUGGACCCUAGGAGAACGCGUUCUCCUAGGGUCCACAUGUUCAGAGACAGGAACCCCAGCUCCACCCAGUAAACUCACCACACGUCCAACUCCACACUUUGCCUUUUUUUUUAAAAAUCUGAAACAUUAGAAAAAAAAACCUUUGAAUAUUGAUCGAUCUGUGGAGAGAUGCAGCAACUGAUCAAUGAAGAUGAUGAUGAUGAAGAAAGACGUGGCUUACCUGAACCAGAAUGUCACUGCUGGUCCCUCUGUGGAUCUCACAUUCAGGACAGAGCUUCGAUUACGCUGUCGGGCUUUUUUAAUCAAACACAGGAUAUUUGUGAUGUCACAGCUCCCUCUAGUGGCCAGUUUUUGCUUCCCUCCUGGUUAAGUUUGUAUUGAGGGAAGAAAAAUGCCACAAGUGGAAGCAACACAGAUUUCCUUUAAUUUAUUACUGCCUGUUUUUGUGUUGUUGGCUCAGUUUUUCUUUUUAACGUUAGGUUGGGAUGACAGUUUACUUGAAAGCGUUACUCUGGUUUCUGGUUCAUUACAACUAAACUGUUGCGUUGCAAUGAAGGCGUCACGCGUCUUACUUAAGCUGAAUAUUGGUUAGCUCUGCAAACGUUAGGAGGCAAAGUAUUUGUACAUAAGAGUUGUAAAAAAAACCAAAUCCACAGCUGAUAUCUUAGGGAACAUCUGGACAUGUGAUUUGGAUCGAAUGGCAGAGCCUUGAUAUCCUGAAGUGCUUUAAACAGUCAGCCAUCGACUAAAUUCUCUCAAACUGGGUCGAUCAGUAGGUUUUGUUCCUGAAGAAGCAUUCCAGCGCUAACUCGCUUCAAACAGAAACACCUGGUCCUCGCUGAUGGAUUAAAGUCGGUUUGACACUAAACGAAUCGGCUGUCAAGCUUCCAGUUAAUGUCCAGUUAAUGUCCAGUAUCUCUCCAGCAGGGACAACACACUGUGGACUCGUACACGGUCACACAGACACACAGUCACACACACCAGGAAGAAUCUGACGAAAUCUCAGAAGCAACAAACGUCACUGACUCGAGGAGUCAAAGUAUUCAGUAUUACAGAAGUAAUACACUAAGUUUACUUUACUCUCAAUCAGCUGAUGAAAUUGUUUGUAUUCAUCUUGACCUGCCUCUUUGUUGUCCCAAAUUUUCUCUUCACUUUCCUAUUUUACACUUCGGCCAUGUUUUCCUUCCCUUUUAUCCAUGAUAGAAAAAUAAGCACUGCUGUGAGGAAAAUUAAAUAUAUUCUGUACACAAGUGGAAGAACGUAUGUGCAAAGAAAUGACCAAAUAAAAUGAUCCAGUAAAAGCUAAACAUAUUUUUUCAGCAAGAAAAGGAGGAAAAAUGAAGAAAUAUAGAAAAUAUAUCAAGUAAUAAUGUUAAGUCACAAUGAUGCUGAAAAAUGUUGGCUCAUUAGUAUUCUAAUUUUUAAUCAUUCAAACGUUUCCUUCAUUUUUUGUUUUUUUGAAAAUUUAAAUAAAUUUAUCUUUAAAAAAAAAAACAUUGAUACUGAAACUAAUAAUCUGAUUUACAAUGAUUUUUUAGUUCUGUGUGUAACUGUAAUCUGUUAGUAAAGACACUUUUUCAUAAUUUGGGGGGAACAGAAAUAAAUGAUCUACGCUUUUGACUCAGCAGAUAAUUAGUGAUGUUUGUCACCUGUGGGACUCCGUACGGAUUUACUGGAGCUCUGAAUGAAACCAGUUUAUUUUGAAUUUAAAAGCAGCGGCCGCAGCCUUCGUUCUCCCUGACCCUGGUCCAGAAUCCGCUCUGCUGGUCCUGUGUACAUAUCCAGUCACAACGGAAGUGUUGAGGAUUUUAAACCAGUGGAAGCAGCUGUCGGCGUGUCCGGACUUCACCGAGGAGUCCGGCACCGCUUCAGCACAGAAUCUGGUUUUCAGCUGUGUGUGAAUCUGUGUGAACGGGGACAGAUCCCUGGGAUUUUACUCUUCGCUGUCCUCUGAUUGGCGGAUAGCUGCCUUCUUUAACUGUGACGCUUGAUUUAUGAAUGAAACCCCUCCCUCACUGUAAAAAAACAAAAACAACACAUCUGACUUCCAAGUUUUCAGACAUCUUGUUGCUUUUUCAUCACUUAACCUGCACACUGCGUUCACCGGGGACGUUUCUUAGGGAAAGCAGAAAUUAGUUUGUCUCCUUGUUCAUACGUGUUUUUGUAAUUUAACUCAAAGAUUUUAACAAGUUUCCAGGGACCAAAGGGUCACGGAGAAAAACACGAGGUCACAGGAUCCAUCCGGGACAACAGGCAGUUUAACGUUUCGCUGUGACCGACGCCUUAGGAAAACAGCAGGGGGCAGUGUUGUCACAGCGCAGUCGCCUUUUAAAUCUGAAAAAAAUACAUCUGGAAAAUAAAUAAAUCUGGAAGUAAAGUAUGUGAAACAAAGGGAGUCUGAAUAAACUUUCUUACGAUAGAAGCGGCGGCGAACGAGUUUUUUAAUUAUUCAGAAGCUGCUUUUUAAACGGUUACACUGAUCAGUCAGAUGGAGGCGCUGUAACCAGGCGGACAAAGUGUCUGGUUGUUCCCGCUCACUGGCUGUCACGUUUUAUUCUUUCGUUUCUGUUCUGUUCAUUUUCUGUCUGCUAAAGCAACGAACAUGCUUCUUACGAUUCUUUGAAUAUUUAUAUUCUUAAUCUGUGAUGAUUUUCUUCAGCUGGACCUUUUCAUUGUACGACUAUGGGGAUUCGGUAAUCUGUAAAUAAAGUAUAUAUCGUGUA